ACGGCAUCCGCCGUGACGCGCAGAAAUUGGGCAAAACUCCAAAGUCGCGGAAAUGAGAUCGCUGUUUUUGCUGUGCACUAUUUUCCUUCGCACGUCACACGCUCCAGUCCAACACCCUGUCUGCGCCCGCCGAUUCUCACCAAACAAGGCUCCCAAGAGCCAAGCGCAAAUAGAAACGCUACUAAACGUGCAUAGCUAGCCAGCCCCCUGGCACCUGCAGCCCUCCCCAAUCGAUAGACUGUGCAGCUCCCUGUCGCACAGUCAACGAACCCUGCCCACCACCACCGCGAUCCAUCAGUUUUAUGCAGCGAGAGCUUCUUGAGACCUCAGACCGCGACCCCCUCUCCGCAACCCCAAGGUCCCCUCGGCCCACUUCUCAAGAUGGCUUCCAUCGCUCCCGCUCGGACGGCCACCGGGACCGGCAUGCUCCCGCGCCCGGCUCCCAGAGCGGCCGCUCGCCUCGCUCUGUCCAGCCCGAGGCAGACGCGGCCACCGCAACCGGCGCCGUCAACGCCCGUCAGCUCGACGAGAAGCUACGCCGACUGAGCAGCCACGAUCGGGCGCACCGCCCUGCACCGGCCAUAGCCGGCCAGAGAGUCUCCGAAUAUGAGAAUGCUCUCACGCCCACUGCUCCGAAGCAACAACUGGGCUUCAACGUUGCGAAGCGGUCGGGCUCUCCCUCUGAAGGGACCCAGCUGACCGACUUUCCGAAUGAAAUAUUGACUCAUAUUCUCUCGCAUCUGCACCCCGACGCGCACGCUUCCGUCGCGCUGGUCUCGAAGCGGUUUUACGCCCUCGUCACGACGCCACAUGCGUGGCAGAUGGCGUUCCUACGCCACUUUCCUGGCCAGGACCUCUCGAGAUCACAGUCGGCCGGUGCGUGGGACGCUGAUGUCCUGGAUAGGGUUCGCUCCGAAUCCCGGCCCUUUGCCCGCAUGACUUCGCUGGCGUCGUGGCGCAGCGAGUACCUGCUUCGCACAAGGCUGCUCCGCAGUGCCGCAAGAGGCAAGCCGGGAGCCCUCGCUGCCGUCUCUGCCAAGAGGGCGAGUGCUGUCCUGACUUAUAACUCGAAGCUGCCAUGGAUGGUCUCCCACAUCCAUGCCGUCUUCUCCCCGGGCCCCAAGAGGUCUCCCAAGGCCAUCCACGCAUCUGCGGAUCUUGGCAUCUGCACCUUGGGCGAUCCGACGAGCGGCAAGAUCGAGAGAUGGGGCUUGGACGACGACUUCUCCCUGCCGCAGCUUGACGACGUAUUCCCACAGCUGGUCCCGUUUGGAACUGAUAUCGGCCCUGCCGCUACCCUGAAUGUGACGGAUGUUAGUGUCCCGUAUGGCUUGGUCGCCGGAGAGGGGUUUCCUGGCGGACGACCCUUCUUUCGGCCCGUGGGCGAGCCAAGUGGCCUGUACCUUGGUAUCCAGCCGGCUGCAUGGAUCGAUGCUCUGCCACAGGACAUCCCAAAGAUCCCAGAGAUGAUUGAUGCUAUCUGCUCAGUUUGGAUCGCCAAAUCGUCGGCGGUACCAUCUCUGACCCAUUCCGUGGUCGGCAUCUUGACCGGCUCGACACUGGGUAUCGUAACAUCGUACUCGCUCGGCUCCGAGUCGUCUGGCCCGCGGUACAACAGGGGCGAUAUGACCUGUCGAUGGGUCUUGAGCCCCGGCGUUCCAAUCGUGGCACUCGAGGUCGACGAGCACUACAGCCCCAGGCGCAAGGCCAUGAAGCGUGUCUGGGCUGUUGCUCUGAACGCGCUCGGGGAGAUCUUCUAUCUGGCCGAUACCCCAACUCCUCCGGCUGCCAGACCCAAGGCCAACGAGAUGCCUGCGCAUGUUUGGUAUACUGGUCGUACAGCAUACUGGGAGCUCGUUGGUUCUACUCGCAGAAUGGCGUCACCGGACGAGACUGACAUGGACACCGCCGCCUGUAUCUACUCGCCUCGGUCAUCGUCCAUUAGGGCGGGCCUGACAACGGAGCAGCUUGCUUCGGAAGCCCGUGACAUAUCUACUUUCCUGCGGCAUACGCCUUCCCACUUUAGGAAGAUCUGCACGGGAUGGGACAUGCGCCGGAGACUCGAGGUUGAUUUCGGCGGGGGCAGUGGCAGCGGUGUUGGCGGGGAGGCAAUUGUCGUUAUCACAUGCGGUAUUGAGCCCGAACAUCCCGCGGGACUUCUCAGGUACAUCCGGCAUGGGCCUCAGUCCUCACCCGGCUCUAUUUUCACGCCUUGUGUCAAUGCAUCCGCUGUCGGGACGCCGGGGCCGCAGCCAUCGUCUUCGAUAUUCGGAUCCGCGCCGUCCACCAAGUCUAACGUACGGGCCCCAAUAACGACACUGUCGCGGUCUGAUGGCGCCGAGAUGCCGACGCCGCCCGGUGACUCAAAGCUUGGAAACUCUAUUGACGAAGGCGUUGAGCAGUGGGAUGUCGCAUCCUUCAACUUUGCUGGCAAGGGGCAAGACAUGGUUGAAAUCACGGCGACUGCGAUAGACAACUCUACCUACGCAGUAACGACCAUCUUCGAAGACCCGUCGAGGACGGCAAACGUGACUGGCAUAGGAAGCAACGCAGGUACCGGCGUUCCCACGCCCGCGACAGGAAAGCAGCUUGUGGGCGAGAUACCUGGCAAACGCGCGAGGAUGAUGGCGGUGGGCACUAGCUCCGGCGCCGUCUUCGUGUGGAACGUCCGCGACGCGGCGAGCGACACCAUCGCUCCGAUCCGUCUUAUCCAGACCGAGUCUCCCGAAAUCUCGGCUCUCGGAUUGUCAUCGCUCUACGUCAUCCACGGUGGCAGCGAUGGCUUGGCGCAAGCAUGGGAUCCGCUGGCCUCUAACAUGGAGCCUGUCCGCACUCUGAACUCGCGCUCCUCAGGUCGGAUACCACGCGCCAUCCUCAAUGCGAACCCUAUGCUCCGGGAUGCCAACCACUCGGCCGUGGGGGCCAUCUACCUGGACCCCGAUCCGGCUGCCAUGCGUGGCAUUCUCGCUUUUGGCACCUUCCUUCGAUACUGGACCUACAGCUCCGAUGGUGGUGCUCAAGCCCUCGGCAAAAAGCGCCGCUUACGCCAUCACGCGGAUGCCCAUGGCCGCUUAGGCAGCGGACGCCGCGUCGGCGGAACGGUCAUGGACUAUAUCAAGGCCGAAGCGGCCGAACUUCGGCGGGACCAGGAGCACCGCAUGCGAGAGGAGGCGCGACUCCGCAGUCGCUUUGGGGUCGGACUGGGCGACUUGACGGAAGAGGAGGCCCUCAGAUACGCACAACUGAUAUCGGAAGAGUCCUUCCGGGUAGACGAGGAGCUGCGGCGGCUCAAUACGAGCGACGAGGCUGCUUCUGUUUCCCAGUCGUCAUCGUCACUCUCUCUAUCUGCUGCUGACGCAGAUGAGGAGAUGGGCGACUCGGCGUCUCCAUGCACAGGCCAGGGUCGCUCAGCCGGCACAGUCACUCCUGAUACCAGUCCCGCCGGGGCAGCGGCCGCACCGUCAACGCAGGCGAUGCUUGUGCAGCAGCACCGGGCUGAGGACGCUAGCCAGGAUGGGGCACACGACGACGACUACGAGCGCCAGAUCCAACAGGCAAUCCGUCUGUCGCUGCUCGAAGCUGGUGCCAAUGACGAGGGACAGUCACCUCGGGAUAGCAGCUCGGGCGAGUACGAGUUUCGGGUCAAGUUCAAGCCCAACAAGAAGAAGAAGAAGAAGGCGGAGAUGGCUGGGGGCGCCAGCCGCAGCAAGCAACCCCUCACGGCGGCCUCGUCAUCCGCCACUAAAGUCCGCUGGAGUCUUGGCGGCGUCGGGCCUGCCGCUAAUGGAGCUAAGGACUCUAGCAGGGAUGUGUCGUUCGGCGGCGGUGCCGGCAGCUACGAGGACGACCUCGAACUCGCGCUGCGGCUGAGUCUCCAGGAUGCGGAAGACGCUGUAGAGAGAAGCGAGGGGCAGGGCUGGCCGGGAGCAGGCGCGGGCCGCUCCGGGUCGGUUGAUGCCGAGUUCCCAGCCCUUGAGGUUAAGGGCAAGGGCAAGGGGAGAGCGACCUGAGGGCGUUGGUGGGUCGAAUAUGGAGUGUGUUUUUUUUUCUUUUUCCUCUUCUAUUUCUCCCCUCAAUCCUAUCUUGCUCUUUCUUUUUUCCUGCUGACUCCUCUCUCACUGCAGUUUCUCGGCCAAUCUCGCCAUUGGUUUUCAUUUUUACUUGAAAUUAUUUGCUCUGCGAUCAAAGUCCCAUUCACAACCAGCCGGCAUGGCGUUCAGCUCCAAGGCGCAAGCUUUUUGCGGUUCAGAAUGCAAUUACCCUUUGCUCGGGAGCUCCGGGCCUUAUAGAUAUAGUUUAAUCAAGCUGCUUUUCCUGUCGA